AACGGCUUGCAGAAUGAACACUGCCACCCGACACAGGCGGACAGAGCAUGGAUGGUCGUCAUAAUAGCUCACCUUUCUUCUUCCGUAUACCCAUCAUCUCCUGUCUAUAACUUUCACCAUAGUUCUCAACUUAUGACUACGCCUCAUACUCCUGCCACCCCUCAGGUUCAUGCUCCUGAAGACCAACCUUUCGAUCCUGAAUCUAUAAAGCCAUCUGGCCAUGCUCGCUCCGAAUCGCAAACAGGAUUGAUUCACAAUGACAGUUCGGAUGGCGGGAUGUUUCCGGGCUAUGACCCAAAGUACCCAGACGCUGGAUACAACUACAAUCACUAUGGUGGUCCUUCCGAGUAUAACCUUGUAGAGAAGCAGGAGUCGUAUCCAGGUACAGACCCAAAGUACCAGGAUAUGGACUAUUCUGAGCCAUAUGACGCAGCGCGCGCCCAGCCACUGACCGACAAGCCUUCCGUUCUGGCCAAAUCAUUAGGGUUCCGUCCAGUAUCACUGGCGCAAAGAAUCGAUGAUAAAAAGCGAGGUAUCACCCGGCAAAGGUACCCCAUAGUAGUAUGGGCCCUGUCAAUUGCAAUGCUGGGUGUCUUCAUAUACGAGCUUGUUCUUAAUGCGAAAAGUCAAGGCAGUCCUGUGUCGUUUAAGCCCGUUGUGAAUCCAAUGCUGGGACCCUCACAAAGUGCCCUAAUCUUUGCCGGCGCUCGUUAUCCCCCAUGUAUGAAGAUCGUGCAAGGUCUUAGCCUUGAUACGCAGUUUGGAUGUCUCAAUAAUACGGCCAACCCGCCAGACCGACUUUGCUCAUUAGAGGACGUGUGCGGUUUUGGUGGUUUCCAUGAUAAAGAUCCCAACCAGUGGUACAGAUUCAUAACGGCUGUUUUCCUCCAUGCCGGCAUCAUACAUUUUUUGCUCAACAUGCUUGCUCAAUUGACAGUAUCUGCACAAGUUGAGAGGGAGAUGGGUUCCGCAGGAUUUCUGAUAUUGUAUCUUGCAGCUGGUAUCUUUGGUAAUGUACUUGGUGGAAACUUCACACUCGUAGGAGUUCCGUCUGUGGGUGCAAGCGGUGCAAUCUUUGGUACCGUUGCGGUCGCAUGGGUCGAUCUGUUUGCGCAUUGGAAAUACCAGUACAGACCUGCGCGGAAGCUUGUCUUCAUGAUCAUCGAAUUGUUGAUCGGUAUCGCCAUCGGGUUCAUUCCAUAUGUGGACAACUUCGCCCACAUCGGAGGUUUCCUUAUGGGGUUACUCGUUGGGAUGGUUCUCUACCCAAUCAUCAGCGCGACAAAGAGGCAUCGUAUUAUCGUCUGGGUAUUGAGACUUGCCGCUAUUCCACUAGCGGUAGUCCUCUUUGUCGUACUCAUCCGCAACUUCUAUACAUCUGAUCCAUAUGCUGCGUGUUCGUGGUGUCGUUACCUUUCUUGCAUUCCCACCUCCUCCAACAAUCACUGUAAAGGAACCGGUAUGUAUUCGUAACUCACUGAUGCGCUCUUGUGAUUGACCGAACAAUUUCAGGAUACACAACUGUCUCAUCAAAUACAAGUAUAUAAUGAAUCACGGCCUGGCGGGGCACCCGCAUUGCUUCCGUAUCAUUCAUAGACUUGGACAUUCGAUUCUAUACGGACAUCUGAUUCACGGUGUCUGUGACGCUGCUCUUGCAUUCGUUUCAAUUCGCCAAUUUGUAUACCAUGUAUCGUAUACCAUCGGACUUUGGCUCCGGCCAACCAUUUUUUACUUGCAUAUACACUCAAUGGAUGCCACAUAUUUGUCCUUUUUUAAGCUCGAGCAUUCUUGAAAUGCAUGUCUCAUCUGCAUGACGUGUUCCUAUAAUGCGGAUUCCCAACAUACCACGCAAAGUUCAAGAAAAGACUAUGGCUGAC